AUGAUGUCAGAUAUGGAAGCUGAUGUAAAGAAAGGGAAGGAUUAUCAUAUCUUGUUGUUGACCACCGUUUUAGUGAACAUAUGUCAUCCAUUGAUUUUACUGCUUUAUAUCACCGUUAAUAUUAUGUCUACAACUCUUUUAGUUGCCACUAGUUUUACUCUCGUUACUAUUACUUGUACUAUUGUCACUCCAACUAGUUUCUGCUCUACCGUAAGUGUAGAGGAAAAAGGCAUCAGGCUUCGAAGAGCGGAGAAGAAAGAUGGAGAGAAUGGGAGAAUGAACUUCAAGCUGGAAGGGACGGCAAGAAGGCGGUAG